UCUCUCCUCCUUGUCCCUGCGGCGGGUGAGACUCACACAUUACACUGCGAGACCGCGGCAGGGGAGACAGCAUGGAGCGAUAGGAGAUGGGGCUCGGACGGGGCCACCACCACCAGCAGCAGGAGCCACACGGGCGGGGUGCAGCCUGCCUCUAGCCCGCUCUCCGACACCAGUACUGGGGGAGGAGGAGGGAGGACUGUGGGGGUCCCAUUCGAUGCUGCCGGGGGAUACCUAAACGUCCAAGCCUUCCUCGGGAAAGAUGAGCAGCUCGGAGCCCCCCGAGGCGGGAGAGAGCCGGUGAUCACUGCAAGAUGAGCGAGGAAGCCCCCCCGGAGGAUGACAACUACAUAGUGCGUGUGAAGGCUGUGGUUAUGAGCAGAGAUGACUCCAGUGGGGGAUGGUUACCACAUGAAGGCGGCGGAAUCAGUCGGGUUGGAGUCUCUAAAGUUUACCCGGAGGGCAGUGGAAGAAGUGACUUUCUUAUUCAUGGAGAACGAAUAAAAGAUAAGCUGGUGUUGUUGGAAUGCUAUUUAAAGAAGGAUUUGGUGUAUCAGAAGGCAACUCCAACGUUCCAUCACUGGUCAGUUGAUGAAAGAAGGUUCGGCCUCACCUUUCAGAGUCCUGCUGAUGCACGAGCCUUCGACAGAGGAGUACGCAAAGCAAUUGAAGACCUCACAGAAGGAUCUACCACGUCUUCUUCCACAAUUCAUAAUGAGGCUGAGCUCGGGGACGAUGAUGUUUUUGCAACUGGCACAGAUAGCUCUUCGAACUCCUCACAGAAGAGGGAAGCACCAGUGAGGACAAUCUCAUCUCCUCUGACGAGCGGACGCUGUCGAUACAGCACCCUUUCCUUGGAACACUAUAAUCCAGAACAAUCAUUACCCAGACCUCCUUGGCAUGUCAGCUUUCCAGAUGACGAUGACGAAAUUGUGCGCAUCAACCCAAGGGAAAGAAUCUGGCUCACCGGUUAUGAGGAUUACCGCCAGGCACCAAUUCACCGCAAAUACCCAGAAACUGAAAACACAGACUCUUAUGUGCGAUUUGCCAAAAGUGAAACCUCAAAGCACGAUUACAACUACCCAUACGUAGAUCACACGGACUUUGGUGUGUGCAAGGACCUCAAGGGUCCGGUGAUAAACACACAGCCCAGCCGUUGCAAGUCCAGAAGGAAAGAUGGUGAGAGGUCCAGAUGUGUGUAUUGCAGGGACAUGUUCAAUCAUGAUGAGAAUGGUCGGGGGCAGUGCCAGGAUGCCCCGGAUACAAUCCUAGCCGGCAUACGACGGAUCAGCUGCAUGGGGUUUGCAGACUGCGUUCUUUACCACUGCAUGUCUGACUCAGAAGGAGACUACACAGACGCUUGUUCUUGUGACACCAGCGAUGAAAAGUUUUGCCUCCGGUGGAUGCUUCUCAUCCCUCUGUCAAUCAUCGCUCCUUGCAUGUGCUGUUACCUCCCACUACGAGCCUGUUACAACUGUGGUGUCUUGUGCGGAUGCUGUGGGGGCAAACACAAAGCAGUGGGGUGACUUGUGUUCAAGUUGGGGGACUUUUGCAUUUCUUUCAAUGGUUUGCCGGGAAGCGUUUGUGCACGAAACACUCCCAACAGGUCAGCCG